CGCUUUCUCGUGUCUCCAGUGUCAGAGAGAGCCGAUAGGUGGCAGUGAGUCUAUCAGGUAGAUAUUCCCAAAACUACCCAGCAGCUCUCAGCUGUCACACACACACACACACACACACACGCGUGCACGAGCGCAGAGUUUCUCCGAACAGAAAGUGGUGUUGUCGGUGAACGGGAGCACCGCAGAGCUCGGGUUAGUCUCGUGUCGGCUCGUGAGAGAUGUGCUGGCAGCAUGGCCAGAUGGUUCAAGGAGCACCUGGGUUUCAAAACCACCAAAGCCCCGCCACCGGCGCCUCCGAAACCGGACUACCGACACUUCCACACCGCCGUCUCCAGCCUCCAGCCGCCGCCGGGCACCGGGUUACUGUCCGCGCAGCCCGACAUCCUCACCGCAUACAAACUCCAGAAGGAGCUGGACUUCGAGGAUCCGUACACACCGGGCGGAACCGUGCCCUUCUGCACCGGCCCGAGCUCCGCGGCGGAGGUGAAGUUCGUGUCUCCGAAGCACCGGCUGAUCAAGGUGGAGACCGCGGUCAGAGCCCCGUGCUCCCCGCCCGCUGAGCCCGAGGACGGCACGCAGGAGAAGCUCAUCAUCCUAGAGGACUAUGCUGACCCCUUUGACGCAGCGGACCAGAAGGGCGGCACCCAGACAGUCACAGAAAAGCCCACGGAGAACGAUGGCUACAUGGAGCCCUACGAAGCUCAGAAGAUGAUGGCUGAGAUCCGAGGCGGCCGCGCUCCUAAAGACGGUCCGGUCCGGCAGCUUCCUCUCUACGACACCCCGUACGAGCCGGAGGAGAACGGAGCAGAUCCAGACGGAUGUGUGUGUUCCCGCGAGAGCAGAUUACCGCAGGACGACGAGAGGCCGCCGGAGGAGUACGACCAGCCCUGGGAGUGGAAGAAAGAGCGCAUAUCCAAAGCCUUCGCAGUGGAGAUUAAGGUCAUUAAGGAUCUGCCGUGGCCUCCUCCGGUCGGGCAGCUGAACUCCAGUCCUCCGCUGAUGGAGGCUCCGUCCUCUCCGGGAGACCAGCUCCAGCACGUGCAGUUUGACGGCGUGGAGAAGGAUCUGAAGCACUCGAGCGGGAGGAUGAGCUCCAGCGAGCCGAGCGUGGGCGAGCGCAUCGACCCGGCCGUGCCUCUGGAGAGUCAGUUCUGGUAUCACGGAGCCAUCAGCCGCACGGACGCCGAAGCUUUGCUGCGCUUGUGUAAAGAGGCCAGUUACCUGGUGAGGAACAGCGAGACCUGCAAGAACGACUUCUCGCUCUCGCUCAAGAGCAGUCAAGGUUUCAUGCACAUGAAGCUCUCCAGGACCAAAGACAAUAAGUACGUACUGGGUCAGAACAGCUGCCUGUUCGACAGCGUUCCUGAGAUCAUCCACUUCUACUCCAGCCGCAAACUACCAAUCAAAGGGGCCGAGCACAUGUCCUUGCUGUACCCCGUGGCCAUCCGGACACUAUAGAGGCAGAAGCGCUGCAGAAGCAGGACGUUCGUUCAGCGUUUACAAGACAACGACAAACUAAAGUGCUACUGAGAUCCCGAAGACAAUAAGGGAGACUCCUGGACGUCGCCUCCGUCUCGUCUCGAGGGACGCGGUUUCACUGUCCUCCAAAUGCCUUCUUCGUGAUUCCAGACCCGUUUUCUUCUCAUAAGUGGAUCUUUAGUCUUAGACCUGCACCCACACUUUAUCUCCACUGUUACACACUGUACAGAAACCCGAAACGUCGCUCGGACUUUACUAUUCGGAUGUGUAUAGUUGCAAUUGACGUUCUUCAACAUUAAAUCGUCACAGUAAACGAACAAAGACACUGAAUCGUACUGUAGCGAAACCUCAUCGCCUGGACUUUCUGUGACGGUAUUGUCAGUCAGUUGGGUUGGGUGAAUUAUUCAUUAUUAAACAUUAACAUCAGAUCAUACAGAAAAAUAAACCUCAGAAGACUGAAAUCGAGCGUUCGGCAUUUUCCAGUUAAGACCCACAGAUGUAAAGAGCAAUCGAUACGCAGACAGAUUCAUUAAGUCCCUUAAAAUAGCAGUAAUAGAGCAGAGCGAGGGGAGAAGAGAUGGAUGCAGAACAGCGUGAGAAAGGACCUUUUAAUGUAACGUUCAGAGAGAGUCACUUCAGCAGAGUUUAGGAUGAUCUUGACCAAGGAGAAUGAAAUAUUCCUGUAUUGUCUACCUCAGAAAAUCAAUUUUGUCCGUCUAUCCGCCGGUCGAUAAGGUACAGUGACGUUACAGAUAUCGAUCGUUUAACUCUUUCAGUCUCAAAUUCCCAGCAAGCUUUGCCUUUCGGUUUGAGAAUAGCUUCUUCUUCACCCGAACCCUGAUUUCUGUGCUGGUGUGACUCUGUUUGGGUAAUGCCUUAUACUGUAAGUGCAUGGUUUAAAAAAGAAAUCAAAUGGAGAACGCUGUCGUUCGAUGAAUGUUUAGUGGCUUUAAUUUAUUAUAGAAUUUUUUUUUUUUAUAUAUAUAUAUAUAUAUAUUGCUAUAUAUAUUGCUGAUGUCUUAGUCCAGGUAAGACAAUGUUUUUCAGCCUGUGUGUGUGUGUGUGUGUCAAUAAUUUGACCUUAAGUGUCUUUGCGAUUGUCCCCGUCUGAAUACACUGAUUGGAUGCUGUUUGCCAUGGAAACCAUUUAGAGCAGCUCAGCCAAUCAGAGCACAGAUUUGUCCUGACCCUUCCUCUGACCUCUGGUUUUCCUUGUUUGCCAUCAUCCGGUUUCUUUUUGUUUUUUCUCUCUCAGUGUGUUUGUUUAAAGCAUGUCCGACACACUUGUGGUACAGAUGUAAAGCCUGUGUGAUUGGUUUACCUUCAUGUACCUGAUUGAUGUUUUUAUUGUUUAUUUAUCGUUGCCUCUCUGACAUGAUCUUUCAACCCUUAAAGGGACAGCUACACCUCCAAAAAAUCUAAAUUGCCAUCAUUUACUGACCUUAAUCUCAUUAUUUUGCUGAAUGUCUUCAGCCGUUCUUUUCCAUACAGUAAGAGUUAAUUGGGGAAGUUUCUUCUGCACACCAAGGCUGCAUUUAUUAUUGAAAAUAUGGAAAAAAGUUGUGAAAUAUUUUCACAUAUUAAAAUAAAUCUGUUAAAGUGUAAUUAAUUUCUGUGAUGCUCCGCUGUAUUUCCAGCUAACCUCUCAGUAUCUGUGGAUCCCCAGGAGCGAUGCAUGUGAAAUGUGUUUGUGUUUGUGUCAGACGGGCUCAGGAGAGACUCUUCUAGAUGUCAUUCUGUAGAAACAUGCUUUAAUAAGAGCAGAGAGCACAGGUCACACUACAGAAGAGAAAGCAGAGAAUCAAAGGGAAGAUGAAGAUGAAGAAAAAAAAUGAAUGUAGCUACAUAAAUUGUUUACAACCACUGACCUUAAAAAAAGGUCUAGAUAGGAUAGAUAUGUAUUUAUCACAUUAUCUCAAUGCUGAUUUUAAUGGUGUCCUAUACAGGAAUCGUUGCAGUUGCUUUAAAAGUCUUUGGAGAUCUCAGUCUUACAAAUGUAUGAAUAUCAUUGCAUUAUACAACAACAUCUACCAAGUGCCAAUUAUUUUAAAUAAAUAUGUCACAAGCAAAACGGUUCCAAAAAAGUUGGCUUUUAGAUUCGAAAUGAGGUAAAACAGUAGAUAUGACGAAAAGAAGACAAACUGUAAUUUGUUGUUAGAACAUUAGUAAACAUUACUCUGAAAAAUAAAGCUGCUUUAUUGUCAUCUGUUGUACCAUGAGGAGGCUUUAAUAUCCCUGGACCUUUCCAUCGCACAAAAAUGAUUAUUAAAACGUAUUUCAGAUUAAGAAAUAAAAAAAUAUAUUUUAAAAUAAAUAAAUGAAAACUUCUGGAAAGCUUUAUUUAUAAUUGCUGACCAUUUGUGUUUCUGAACGAUGCAAUGCAUCUGUAAGACUUCAGACAUCCACCAAAAACACCAUGUGUUCAGAUUUGAGAAUGAAUCUGUGCAGUGGAAUCCAUACGUCAUUCACCAUGACCCAGGUGUUGAUGAAUAUAAAGUUUGUUUUAGGACUUUAUUUAAGGGAUUGGAAAGACAGCUUACUGGUCAUUAAGCAUUAAGAUUUAAAGUAACAUUUUCUAUUGAUUAUAUGUAAACAUGAGAUCAGGCAUGUUAGUUUAGAAGAGAAUGAAACAUUGUAGAAGUGACAGAAGAGUAAAAUAAAAGAGUGAAACAUCAGGGGGACCAGAGAGAAGAGGACAGAAAUGAAGACUGUGAUGAGGAAUGGAGGAGACUGAAUCUCUGUUGGCUUUAGCUUUAUUUCCACUUGUCUGUGUGGAGAAAUGCGUCUGCAUCCCAUGCUGACAAGAGUACUAGUAAAGGAGGUGUGUGUGUGUGUGUGUGUGUGUGUGGAUUUCAUAUGUCUGAAAUGGGCUUGUUUUUUUUCCCCCAUAUCUGUACAGUUCCUCUCGCCAAAUGUAUAUAUGCUGAAUGUAUUGUUUGGGAACGUAGAGACUUUGAGAUUCUGACAAAUAAAGUUCAUGGGUCGAACUAAACCA